GGCGAUGUCGGAUGGUGGAGCAGCAGCGCCAGCAGCCACCGCCGGUGGCGGAGCCGAGCCGCCGGCCAAGCGGCUGUGCCUGGGUGACUGCUGGGGAGCGGCGGCGGCGACGGCGGCGGCGGCCGCAGCGGCGGCACGAGCGGCCCAGACAAAGCCGGCCCACGGCAGGCUCCACAAGCCCGACACCCUGCUGGACAUAAGCGCCAAGAAAGUGGCGGAGAAGUGGCCCUUCGAGCAGGUAGAGGAGAGAUUUUCUCGUAUUCCAGAGCCAGUUCAACGGAGGAUUAUUUUCUGGUCCUUCCCCAGAAAUGAGCGAGAGAUUUGCAUGUAUUCAUCACUUAGCUAUCAAUGUCAGGAAGGGGAGAAGGAUGGUGAAGUUCCCUUCAACAAAGGGCUACGACUGUUGGAAACUGGAGCCAUAGAUCGGGUGCUGCAAGUAGGAUUUCAUUUGAGUGGAACUGUGACUGAGCUCGCCAACCAGGGUGAACCUGAGAAAACAUACAAAGUUGCCAUCAGCUUUGACCGCUGCAAAAUUACUUCUGUGACAUGUGGCUGUGGUAAUAAGGACAUCUUCUACUGUGGCCAUGUAGUGGCCCUUUCUCUAUACCGAAUCCGCAAAGCUCAGCUGGUAGAGCUGCGACUCCCCAUCUCCGAAACGCUCUCGCAAAUGAACCGGGACCAGUUGCAGAAGUUUGUCCAGUACCUCAUCACAGCCCAUCACACGGAAGUGCUUCCAACUGCACAGAAACUGGCUGAUGAAAUUCUUUCGUCUUGUUCGGAAAUUAAUCAAGUGCACGGUGCUCCUGACCCCACAGCAGGUGCGAGUAUCGAUGCUGAGAACUGUUGGCAUCUGGAUGAAGAGCAGGUACAGGAGCAAGUGAAAGUGCUGCUGUCAAUCAGUGGAUAUUACGGAGCUAGUAAGCAGCUGCAUUCCAUGUUUGCGAAGGUGCGGGAGAUGCUCAGGAUGCGGGACUCCAAUGGGGCUCGUAUGCUGACUCUAAUGACGGAGCAGUUUAUGGAAGACCCACGGCUCUCUCUCUGGAGGCAACAGGGCACAGGAAUGACUGAUAAAUGUCGGGAGCUGUGGGAUGAGUUAGGUGCUCUCUGGGUGUGUGUGGUACUGAACCCUCACUGUAAGCAGGAGGAGAAAGCUGGCUGGCUAGAGCUACUCAGGAAGUGGAACAACAUGGAUGUCUGCCCGCAAGAAGAUGGUAACUAUGGCAACCAUGUCAACGAAACCCCUAGUAUCACUGCUGGUAUACAACACAACUCAAAUCGAAACCAAGCAGGCUCCCGGCGAACUGUUUUUGUGCGUGCUAUAGAAGCCUGUGGUCUAGACUGGAAGGACUGUCACCUACGGAAAAUUAUCAGCAGUGACAACUAUACAAAUCAGUGGAGAGAUGGAGACCGGUCACUCUUUGACUCUCAGGGGCGGCCCCUCUGGCUUGAGCAUGUACCAACCGCUUGUGCGAGAGUGGAUGCACUGAGAUCACAUGGGUAUCCUCGGGAAGCUCUUCGUUUGGCUAUUGCGAUUGUCAAUACACUCCGAUUGCAGAAAAGACGUCAGCUGGAAAUGUACAAGCAGCAAAAGAAAGAACUGUUGCAGAAAGGGUCAACCACCAUUUCCAACCAGGAAGGCUGGGUUGGACAUCCCCUGGAUCCUGUUGGGUGUUUGUGCAGGACUUUGCUUGAAGCUUGCAAAAUGGAGGAUGACAGCUCUGUGUUGUUCACUGAUUCAAUAAGUGAUAUUAGGAAGACAGUCUAUCAGCACUUUCCAAUUCCUGGCAGCAGUAAUGCGGGAGAAUCCUAUUAUGCCCUUGCACUUGAGGUGGCACUAAUAGGGUUAGGACAGCAAAGGUUAAUGCCAGAGGGACUUUAUGCCCAGGACAAGGUUUGUCGGAAUGAAGAACAACUUAUAUCAAUGUUGUCUCAAAUGGAAUUUGAUGAACGGCUUGUUCAGGUUUUGCGUAAACAAACGCUUUUACUGCUGGAAGGCGGUCCGUUCAGUGGUCUGGGUGAGGUCGUCCAUCGGGAGAGUGUUCCAAUGCACACUUUUGCAAGAUACUUGUUCAAGGCUCUCCUGCUUCAUGACCCUGACUUGGCCUAUAAAGUGUCACUGAGAGCAAUGAGGCUACCAGUGCUGGAAUCGAUGGCACCAGCAGGUGAUGGCUCUCACCCCCACCUCGUCGCAUUAGUGGAUCCAAGCCGCUACCCGCGUUGGUUCAUCCUCGGCCAUCUUGAAACUCAACAGUGCGAGUUAGCUUCGACCAUGUUAACAGCAGCGAAAGGAGACCCAAAGUGGUUGAGAGUGGUCUUGGAAUCCAUUCAACAGAACAUUCAUUCUCCGUCACUCAUAUACAAGCUAGCACAGGAUGCUUGCAAAACAGCUACACCACCAAAUGCUGCACCUGACAUUACACUCCUCAAUGUAUCCCUGGAGCUAGGGUUACAGGUCAUGAGAAUGACUCUGUCUACUAUGAACUGGCGACGUCGUGAGAUGGUCCGAUGGCUGGUGAGCUGUGCAACAGAAGUUGGUGUCUGUGCCUUGAUGAAUAUAAUGCAGAAUUGGUAUUCUCUCUUUACUCCAACUGAAGCCACUACAAUAGUAGCUGCCACAGUAACCUCUCACGCCACUGUUCUGCGCUUGAGUUUGGACUAUACCCAACGUGAGGAACUGGAUAGUUGUGCUCGGACACUUGCACUCCAGUGUACAAUGAAGGACCCUCAGAAUUGUGCACUGUCAGCGCUGACGCUGUGCGAAAAGAACCACGUAGCCUUUGAAACCGCGUACCAGAUUGUCUUGGACUCUGCCUCCACGGGGAUGAGCUACUCGCACCUGUUCACCAUCGCCCGGUACAUGGAGCACAGGGGCUUCCCGAUCCGGGCCUACAAGAUGGCCAGUCUCGCCCUGUCCCACCUCAAUGUCGCCUACAACCAGGACACCCACACCGCCAUCAACGACGUCCUGUGGGCCUGCUCGCUGAGCCACUCGCUGGGCAAGAAUGAGUUGGCUGCCAUUGUGCCACUGGUAAUCAAGAGCGUCCAGUGUGCCCCUGUGUUGUCAGACAUUUUGAGAAGGUGGACAAUGUCCGCCCCAGGCUUGGCCGGCGUUCCCGGCCGCAGGAAUUCUGGGAAGCUCAUGUCAACGGAGAAAGCCCCACUCUGCCAGCUGCUUAACGCGACGAUCGAUGCGUACAUCAGCACCACGCACUCGCGUCUGACACACAUCAGCCCCCGCCAUUACAGCGAGUUCAUUGAAUUCCUCAGCAAAGCCCGGGAGACCUUCCUGAUGGCUCAAGAUGGGCACAUUCAAUUUACACAGUUCAUAGACAACCUCAAACAGACCUACAAAGGCAAGAAGAAGCUCAUGAUGCUGGUUCGAGAACGCUUUGGCUGAAGUUCGGGACCCUGCCUGUCCCAAGUCUUCCUAGGUUGCAGUGGAUUCCUUUGUUAUCUUUUUUUUCUUCAAAAAAAAAGGGAGAAAGAGGCACAAACCUACCAAGUCAUUCCACGUACAUCAGUAUUCCAGCGGCUGGAAAGCAGAGCCGUAACACAGCUGCACCCUUCCGAACAAACCCUCCUCUGCCCAGCUAUUCGGUCAAAGGGGUCUGCUGAGGCUGGAGCUUCACAGCUCUCCCUCCAGCCUCUGCCUCUCUGCAGGGGGUUGGGGCUGGCGCUGGCAAUAAGCGGGAGCCCACCAGUGUUUAAAAGGGGUCAGACUGGUAGGCGAUGGGUGGGUCAUCCUGACCGAGAGCCUCCCGGUCAUUCCUUAGAUCUGAGUGUUAGUUGUCUGUUUUGUGAAGCAGUUGUAUACUGAUAGAAAGUGUUCUAUUGCAGUACCUGUUUAGAGCUGGCGUACAUCGAGUUAGGGGUUGGUGGGGUGGGGGUUGGGGGUGUGGUGUGGUUGAUGUGAUGGUGCGAGCUGGUUAAAUCUGCCAACUUUUUGUAUGUUCCCCGCCUAAUGGUUGAAGAAUUUGCAAGAGUGCUUAAACCUACCUUUCUUCCCCCACCUUUUUUUAAAAUGAGAAGUCCUAGAGUGGCAGGCUGCAUCAUUGGAAAGGGGCCCCUGUGGUGAAACUGUGUAGGGGGGGGGUAGUGGUGCGGGGGUGUGAUUUGUUGUUGGACUGGCUUGACUUUUUGAACUGAGUUUUGUCAGUCCCCUUCCACUGCUACCUCUUCCCCUGCAGCAGAAACUCAGCAACAUGAGCGAGGGCUGAGAAACUGAGGUGGUGUGGUGGGGGGGGGGGUGCAGUUUCGCGCUGGAACAACAGCGUGGUGCUCUUCCCAAAAUUGAGUUACCCGAGCAGGGCGCUCUGCUCCGCAGCCUGUUACUCGUGUUCUCCUGCAUAUACAUGAGAAGUGUGAUGCCGACAUUUAGUGCCAAAAAAAGGGAAGUGUUCCAUUCCCAAGCACAGCCUAGAUUUCACUCCAUUAUCAGUAUUUUACGCUUUAAGUUUUCUGUUAAAUUCAACCCCUUUAGGCUUUGGCUGGAGCAGUUUUCCAUAUACCUUGAAUGUUUUGUGAAUCACCUGUAGUGACCCUCCAUUCAGCUUUGAGAAGGUUUAGACUGUGUGUAUUCUGUUUUUCCUAUUUGGGGUCACAGCUGAGUGCACCUCUUAAACUCCUCAAUUGGGGCCAUUGGUUGGAAUGCUGCAUCAGUCCAAUUACAAAAGAUCCUCUCAGAAGGCAGCAUUUACUACAGGGUCAUUUAUUGAGGUGUCUUUAGUACCCUCCCCCCAAUGCCUGGCCUGUCUCUCAAGCUUGUCAAUGGUUUAGUUUCUCUGUAGCAUUCCCUGUAACUCUUCAGAAAACGUGCAGAGCGAUCUUAAAGUGCGCAAAAAAAGAAAAAUUGAUGCUGUAGUCAUAGUUUCUCUCAGCAAGCCUGUCAAAAGGAAUGCCGUCUUUUCGAAGAAGCAAGUCUGUGUGCUAGUUAGAAUGCAUGUGGAAGGUACCUUGAUACUCUGUUCUCUGGGCCUGAGACAGUACGUGCAGGGAAUUGAAUUUCUUUCGUGUGGCAUUCUCAAACCCCCUCUCACUACCCUGGCUUCCAGCCAGCUCAAACGUCGACCAAAAAAAACACUUACCUGGCAGCCCAGAAAUCCCUAUGGAUUACCACAAACUGUCUGCUAUACCAAAACUCCUCCGAUUAUAUACCUCUUUGCAGUUUCUCGUGUCUCUCCCCUCCCUCCAUCCCUCUGCCUGUCUCCGCCUCCCUCCAUCUGUCUGUCUCCCUCCCCUUCCCUCCCCCUUUGUCUGUCUGCCUCCCCCCAUCCCUAUGUGUUUCGUCUCCCUGCCCCACAGUGCGCAGUGUCUUGUCUCCCUGUCUUGUAUCCCUGCCCUGCGCGCCCCCUCUCUUCCUCCUCUCUCAUCUGCCCCCGCCCCCCUCCUUCCUCCACUCCUUGUGUCUGUAUCUCACCAACAAACUCCUGCCAAACUUGAAUUUUAAAAAAGGAAGAAAAACAAUAAGCCAUUUCUGAUCAGGCAUGUGUUCUGUUUUUUAGUAAACAUAAACCUGUGUGUGCUGUGACUGAGCCCAAUCUCAGGGAAGAAGAAGGAAACGUCUUGUAAAUAGUAUUUUAUUUGUCAAAUUAAUAUGAAAGAAAGUUUAAAAGAACCUUUAAUUUAUGGACUGUGUGUAUGCAGUACGUGAAUUUCUUUUGUGGGCAAGCAUUGUCAUCUUUAACAUUUUGAUGUAUUGCACAGCUGUACCAACAAACUUAAAACAGCUGCUGGUCAGUUUAAUUGCUCUUGAGUUUUGUACAGUGUAUCCCAAAUUUUUUUGUUAAAUAUUUAUUGAAGUUUGUAAAUUGUUUCACUGUUGAGAAAUAGACCUAUUAAGACAAUGAAUUGCUGCACAGGUAGUUUUCUUUCUAUCCUCUUGUGAAAUGUUGCCCAAGUUCGUAUAGCAGUGUGCACUUUUUGCACUAACGUUGUAGCCAGGAUCGUCAGACAGUGAUGGUGGAUGCUCUGAUGUUCUCUGUCACGUGCCUGACUAGCAGUCAUCUGUCACGCUCUUGCUGCCUGCCGAUUGGUGUUGUGUUGGAAGACCGUUGCCACUCUCCCUGUGCACCUUCCUUGACCAUGUCCUGGAGUGGGACUUGGACCUGGUGUUUCUGGCUCAGAGGUGUGGACACUACCCACUGCAC